GAAGGCCGCUGGAUCUCAUCACUUAUUUCCUGGCAGCUCAUUGCCACCACAUAUAGGAGGAUAACUAAGAGCCCGGGGGAAGACGGCGAGCAGCGACUCUCUUCCAGCUUUCUAAUCUCCGGGAGGUCGGCGUGCAAUCCUAACAUCUGCACACCGAGCAACGGCAGGAGGUGCUAGCAGCGCAUCAUUCAGCACCACAAGAGAGCCGCUGAACCUUUGACUCAGACACGGGAGCGUUAAAAUGAGCGAGCAGAGCAUCUGCCAGGCGAGGGCGUCGGUCAUGGUCUACGACAAUACCAGCAGGAAGUGGGUGCCCAUCAAGCCGGGCCAGCAGGGCUUCAGUCGCAUCAACAUCUACCACAACAUCCCCAGCAACACCUUCAGGCUGGUGGGGGUCAAGCUGCAGGACCAGCAGGCGUGUGCACAGGUGGUCAUCAACUACUCCAUCGUGAAGGGGCUGAAGUACAACCAGGCCACGCCCACCUUCCACCAGUGGCGGGACACCCGGCAGGUAUACGGUCUCAACUUCGCCAGCAAGGAGGAGGCCACCACCUUCUCCAACGCCAUGCUCUUCGCCCUCAACGUGCUCAGCGCCCAGGACGGAGGUCCACCAUUGCAGCGCCAAGUCCAAAACGAACCAAGUUCGGAAGAGAUGGAAGCCCAGAGAUCAAGGCAGAUGAUGGAGCAGCAGCAGCAGAUGCAGGCCUACAAGGAGCGGGAGCGACACUCCCCCAACUCGGGUUCUCCUUUCCAAGGCCACCCCGCUGUGCUUUCGGUGGCACCCCGGGUCCUAGUCCCCCCCGGAAGCAUGGCUGCGGGACCUCCGCCUCCGCCGCCGCCACCUGCGGGACCCCCGACGCCCACUGGCAGGGCCCCGCCGGCGCCGCCACCCCCUCCGCCGCCGCCCCUGCCUCCCCCGCUGUCCGGCCACAGGGAUGAGCCGCCAACCCAGAUGGGGCUUGCCGCCAUGAUUGCUGGUGCCAAACUGCGGCACGUCCAGAGGCCGGAGGAGGGUUUCUCCAGCUCGCCCAGUUCGUCCAGCGCCAAAACCAACGACGUCAAAAGGACGAGCGGCGGCAGCCGAGGACUGAUGGAGGAGAUGAACGCGCUUUUGGCCCGCAGAAAAAAAGCAGCGCCAGAGAAGUCAGAGGACAUCCAAAGUGAUGACCAAAAUUCUUCGUCGCCCAGCACCAGGGGGGGUCAGAGCGCCAUAGAUGCUCCAAGAAGGCCGUGGGACAGAGCCAACUCUGUGGAUAGGGCCAUGGCUCCAAGAGGACGGCCUGCGGGGAGCGGCAACGACGCAGACUCGAUAGACGUGGACAGAAUGAAACAGGAAAUCUUGGAAGAAGUAUUCCGCGAGUUGCACAAAGUGAAGGAAGAAAUUAUCGAUGCCAUAAGACUCAGUCGAGUGAGCACGACAUAAUGUCGCUCAUCCGAGGAAGAAGAGGAGGAGUUGGGGCCCGAACCGUGACGUCGAGGCGCCGCCGUGUUUUUGGAGGCGUGCGUUGACUUGUUGCAAGGCGCCGCGUUUGUGAAGGGACUGCCCCUUCUUUAUAUUUGUCUUUGAUUUCUCCUCUGUCUUGGGCCUGAAAAAUGUGAAAAAUGUUCAAAUAGUUUUAUUGUGUCCAGGAGUUCAUGAACACUUGAAAAAAAAAUAAAAAUGUGUAUAUCAAUAUA